AGCUGAGACGCGUGAGUGCAUUCUACCGUAUUGAUUCACACGCACACGAACCAUCAAGGGUAUAGCUUUAUUCGACAUUACAGCAAGCAUCAUUACAUAAAAGGAGCAUCCUGUGACUGUGUUGUGGGUUGUUUGAAGAUUUGCCACGUGACAAUAGCUAAGUGUGUAUGAGAGCUGCUCCACCUCGGACUUGCAGAUGGCACAGUACGCUUUGUCCUCUUGUUCAGUACGUCCUACAGGCGGUCGAGGGGCGCUUGGAGAGGUCCCUGGAGGCCAUAUCGAAGACUCUAAGGCAAUGUUGUGGUGAUGACUGUGACUAGGAAUAAGCAGAGACCACCAUUAGCAAAAAUAUCCGAGAAAAGAGGAGGCAGCCAAACAUAUAUCCAGAAGUUGUUGGAGUACCUAAAAGACUAGGAGCUGUGACUAGUAGUGUUGGCCUGCCCCCAUGAUUUGAAUGCUGAGAUGUCUGAAAACACUACUUGUCCAGGGUUUUUCUCCCGGCUGAUGUUCUCAUGGCUCAGUCAGGCUAUAGAUAAGGGAAACGAGCGACAAUUAGACAUUAUUGACUUGCCCGUAUUGGACGGUGUGGACUAUCAAUGCGAGAAUUUAACCAAGAGACUUGAACACUGUUGGCAGAGUGAAAAAGCUAGCGCCAAAAUUCACCAGAGGAAGACAAGUAUAUGGAACGCCGUAUUUCGUUUGUUUCCACUUCGGGAGUUCGGGCCAAUAAUUUUGCUCCAGUUUUUGUAUUCGAUUUCGCUGUGUGCAGUUCCAUUCUUGCUGUACUGCUUGUUGUUGGAGUUGUCCCUUCCUUUGCCUAGUAAGACUACAGCCUCGCUCUUGGUGGUAGGAAUGUGUGUUACUGCUUGGAUGAGAACGGUGUUCAUUUGCCAUAGAGACGCACUGACAAAUCGACUUACUAUCAGAACCAUGUCAGCAAUUUCAGGGAUGGUGUAUAGAAAGAUGAUUCGCCGGGGCAGCCGACACGUCACCUCCGGUCACGUGGCAACUCUGUUUGGCACCGACAUCGAGUCGUUCAAGGAGGGGCUUUCUUACCUUCCAGCAGUGAUUGGAGCGCCUGUUUGCAUGUUGAUGAUUAUUUCGGUCUUGGUAUGGGUUGCAGGUUGGCCGGCGAUGAUGGGUGUGAUCGCAACAGCGGUUUUUAUUAUUUUACAAAGCCUGGUCAUCCAGGCGUCUCAGUAUUACCGUGCCAGGACAGUUCCCGUGACGGACACGCGCAUCACGCUCAUCAGUCAGAUCAUCCGGGGUAUCCGCACCAUCAAGAUGCACGCGUGGGAGAAGCCCUAUUAUCAAGCUGUGCACAAGAUAAGAAAAUCUGAGAUGCACCUUCUAGCCAAAAAGUACAGCCUUACUGCACUCUUUGAGGCGUUCUACUGCUCCACCAUCCCAACACUGUGCGUUAUGCUCUGCUACAUCUUCACCGACAGACGUCUAGACCAGGCCGUCAUCUUCACGGUGCUUGCCUACUUUAGCCAUCUGAGAAUGGUUGCAAAUUACAUCUCUGCUAUUGCAAGGCAAAAAGUGACAGAUAGUGUAGUUUCCAUGUGGAGGAUCGAAGCCUUUUUAAUGGAUGAUAGAGUCGAAGAUGACAACCAGUCAAUAAAUCCGAAUCCCCUUAACAUCGAGAGCUUCAAUGGAAAGGGUUAUCAAGAUUUCGAAAAAGUCAAGUUACCGGUUAUUCGUGUUUCACAGAAAGGCAUCACCAGUUACGCGGGCGAUUUAAAGAUUCUCCAAGACAUCGAACUUGACGUGUCUGGCUCUUGUCUUGUCGUUGUGGUAGGUCCAGUUGGUUCAGGAAAAUCCACGCUUCUAUCCACCAUUUGUGGUUUGGAGCCGGGCUUUGUAGGCUUUUUAGAAAGGAGAGGAACUAUUGCCUACGUUCCACAGGUACCCUGGAUAUUUCAAGGAACAAUUCAGGAGAAUAUAACAUUCAAUGCCCAAUACGAUGCUACAAAAUACGAGAGGGUUGUUGACGCAUGUGAUCUCACGGUGGAUUUAAUGACAUUUCCUAACGGCGACUUGUCAGAGAUUGGCGAGCGCGGUGUUGCUCUGAGCGGUGGUCAGCGGGCUCGUGUCAGUUUGGCACGCGCGCUGUACCUGGAUGCAGAUAUUUAUGUUCUAGAUGACCCUCUAAGCGCACUGGAUUUCAAAGUGAGAAGACGCGUCUUUCAACGGUGCAUUUGCGAGCUGCUAAGAGACAAACUUUGUAUUCUUGUGACACAUGACUUUGGCUGUAUCGAGAAAGCCGAUAAAGUUGUUAUCAUGGAGGGAGGAAAAAUAGUCAAGCAGAGUAUUUACAAGGAAUAUAUAGAUACUCAAGAAAGUAGAAUGACUCAAGACAAGGGCAAGGAUGGUGAUUGCGGUGAUGAUGAUGAUGACAAUGGUCAUGAUGUUGAUUUUGAUAGUGAUGGCGGUGAUGAUGUUCGUGGUGAAGGUUAUGGUGGAGAUAAUGGUGGAGAUAAUGAUGAUAUUGAUAGUUAUUAUAAUGUAUGUGUAGUGGUGGGCGAUAAUGAUGGCAUCGAUAGUGACGAUAAAACGAAGAAAGCUGUAGGAGGGGAGAACAUGUCCACGUUAACUGAAAAGAGGGAUAUUGGGACAGUCGUGUGGCGUACAUACUGGGCAUACCUUCGCGGUGGAAUCUCUGUGCCGGUCAUUAUCUCACUUGGACUCUUCGCUUGCCUCACUCCAGUUUUGGGCGUUGCCCCUAACUGGGUGCUUGCACGGUGGGCCCACUUGUCGUGGUCCAAUCCCGACCAGCACUGGAUCAUCAUCACCUACAUACUCCUGACUGCCAUAGCGGAUAUCUGUCGCUACAUUCUCGUCGCUGCCGCGUGUAUAACCGUUCUUCUCUGCAACUCAAGACAUCACAACAAAAUGGCAGAAUCCCUGCUGCACGCCCUUGUCCAGUUCUUUGAUAGAACUCCUACUGGAAGAAUAAUCAAUCGCUUUUCUGCCGAUGUCGGUCGGAUCGAUAAUGAGCUGCCUAUGAAGUUUAGUUGGCUAGUUAUUGGACUCGAUAUUGUGGUAUAUACCAUUGUCCCUACAUUUGCAAACUAUUGGCUUGCAAUUGUGGUCAUUCUUCCACUUUUCUUAUUUGUUUAUUACGGAGUAAGGUUCCAAAGAGCUCUCUGUGAAUCUACGAGGCUCGAAUCACUUGCCCGGUCCCCUGUCUUUUCCCACAUCGAUAAUACUGCUGAGGGGCUGAACACUAUCCAUUUGCACGGCGCCAGCGACGUAUUCGUCAACAAGAUGUACAGGUUUCAGGACAACCUUUCUAGGACACGCUACACGGCGAGGCAAAUGAUCUUUUGGCUGCAGAUGCGCGUGUUAAACAUUGGAAUCAUGUUCCUGCUUGGUUCCAGCCUCGUCAUCGUCUUACUUUCCACGUCCGUGGGUUUUGUGGGAAUGGCAAUAUCGUAUGUAGACACCAUGUUGAUUGAAGUACCGUACUUUCUCAAAGCCUUUGGAGAUGUACAAAGCACGAUGACUUCAGUGCAAAGAAUACUAGAAUACUGCGGGCUCAAGCCUGAACUGGCCUAUCAUAUCAAAGAAAAGCCACCACGUGACUGGCCUCACUAUGGGGCUUUGACCUUCAGUCACGUGUCUCUGCAAUAUUACAGCGGCGGACCUCGGGUCUUGAAAGAUGUUUCAUUUAGCAUCGAGCCUAGGCAGAAAUUCGGCAUCGUGGGGAGGACUGGCGCUGGCAAGUCGUCCAUUGUAGCCUCGCUAAUGCGCAUGCCUGAGGCUACAUUCGGGAUACUCAUUGAUGAUGUUGACAUUCGCGGGCUCAAUCUUCAGUCUACAAGAGAAGUUGUUUCAGUGAUUCAGCAGAGUCCGGUGAUGUUUUGCGGCUCCAUCAGAAAUAACCUCGACCCACUGGACAUGUACACGGAUGACGAGAUCUGGAUUGCUUUACAUGACGCUCAACUUGGGUCUCUGGUGACGAGUUUAGAUGGAAAACUUGAAUAUCAUAUCCAAGAGGGCGGCUCAAACUUUAGCGUUGGUGAACGACAGCUGUUUUCACUUGCGAGAGCGCUGCUGCACAAGAACAAGAUUAUUGUGAUGGACGAGGCGACGGCUAAUGUGGACCCACAGACGGAUCACAUGAUCCAGACCACCAUCCGAGACAAGUUCAAGGACUGCACCGUGCUCACCAUUGCUCACCGACUCAGCACCAUCAUGGACUGUGACCGCAUCAUGGUGCUACACGAUGGACAAGUGGUGGAGAUGGGCACCCCUCAGGAGCUGAUGGGAAAAGCUGACGGCUGGCUCGCUCAACUAUGGCAACAUUCACACUAAUGGUAUACCUGUGGCGAUGUCAAACAGGAUGCCCGGAGAUGGAUGCCUUUGGCGCUGAUAAAAAAAAAGCUGACUGCUGGCCCACUUAACUAUAGAAACAGUCACACUGAUGGGAUACCUGUGAAGAUGUUCCACAGGUAGUCCAUGAAUAUGGGCACCCCUCAGGCCGCUGAUAGGAAAGAUUGACGGAUCGCUAGCUCUACUAAGGCAACAUUCACACUAAUGGGUUACCUGUGGCAAUGUACCACAGGCAGUCUACUAAAGCAACGUUCAAACUAAUGGGAUACCUGUGGCGAUAUACCGCAGGCAGUCCAUAAAUUUGGGCACCACUCAGGCCGCUGAUAAUAAAAGUUGACGGCUCGCUUGGUCGACUUUGGGAGCCUUCACUGUGAUGGAAAGUAAAAAUGUUUUGGAUCGGACAGUGAAAAGAUUUACGCCACGUACAGCUCACUUAUAUAUAGACUGAAAAAUAUCGGGGUCUUUUUUACGCUUGCGUCUCUUGGGAAUAGGUAUGUUGUCAUACACCUUUUGCUUUUCAUUACCGAGAAAUACGCAUGCAUUUUUGCCAAAAUUACAAACAUUCACGCCGAUGUACUUUCAUUUAAGCGAAAGUAAAAUCAUUUGAACUAAAACGAAAUACAUUAACGAACUUUACAUAAUUGAGUGAACACAAUUGCAUUUUCUUCACAUUCAUUUACACUAUUCGACAACCAGGAAUAAAAAAUCUAUUUUCAUUUGCGCGUUGAUACAUAACAAUAACACAAACAAAAUAUCAAUAAUACGAGAACUCGCAAUCAAUACAGUGAACGAAACAUUCAUUAACAUUUUUAUUACAGCAAGUGCAAACAAUAGUAUUUUGUGAAAGUCAUUUGCGUGCUUCUUACAAACGUUAGCGCCUCCGUACAAACAAUAAGCCCUUUAUGACAAACAAUAUCCUAAAAUAAUUAUUCAAUUAUUAUUAAUUAUUCAAUUAUAGGUAAAUGUAUUUGUAUUAACCACGCACAGCUCGUUGAUGAAAACAAUUUUGGAGACAUUUUCGCAGUCUACAAAUGCCAUGACUGGUCUAGCCAUCAGAUAAGUUCAACCUAUCAGGCAAGUCUAUAUGCAAAACAAACAAGGAACUCGCGCAAACUAAUCUCCUUUUUCUAGAAGUAAAGAAAUCGUUUGGCAAAAAGUCAUUUCCUUUCAGCGCCACAGUUUUGAACAAUCUGACGUGUAACAGGAAAAACAUCUUAAUUUAUCUCAGAAUUUAAAUACGGGCUACAGUUAUAUAUUCUAUUCGCUAAUUAGAAAUUUUUCAUGUUUCAUUUAUUUAAUUGAUUGUAUUGCACGAGGGCCACUUUUAUUUUAUCAUCGUUAUUACUAAUAUUUUUGUCGUUGUUGUUAUUGUUAAUUACUUCCAGGAAAUUGGUGCGAUCUCAAUGUAAUUAACAUGGAUAAAAGAUCUUUGUUGAUUCGGAUCCAUUGCUAAACGAAUAAAAAGCCAGUUGUCA